GAGGACUCUCGGCUCCAGCGCUGCACACACGGCAAGGAGGAGGGAGCAGGGAACAGGGAGCGGGAGCAGGCAGGAAGCUGUCGCACUGGGGCGGGGAACAGCAGUCACAGCAAGGCAGCAGCCAAAGCAGAGAGGUUCGCGAGCAGCAGGGCGAGCAAGCAGCAAGGCCGGAGGUGGGAGGGGCGCACGCACAGCUGGGGGCGGCACGCGACUCGCUCCGACCCGCCGUGCUGCCCAACGGCCGACCGGGGCUUCGUCGAGGCAGACUGGGGUCUUUAGGCGGCCGUCCCGGCUUUCGCUUUGGUGAAGCUGAGUCGUUAGGUGGCCGCCCCGGCCGUCCCUUUGGCAGCGUCGGGUCUUUUGGCGGCCGUCCCGGGCCCCGCUUCGGCACGCUCGAGUCCUCCGCCACCCGCCCGCCGCGCACCUCCUGCACCCCCGAGUCCUUGCGCGGCCGUCCGCGCUUGCGCUUUGGAAGCGCGGCUUCCUUGGGCGGGUGUUUGCGCGGGCGGCCUCGCGGGCGCUUCAUGGCCGGCGGGGCUUGCGACUCCGGUGGCGGAGAAAGCAGCUCCGCGUUCCAGCCAUCGGACUUCUCCCAGCUUCAGCAGGCGCAGGAAGACCAGUUUAGGGUUCCGCUCAAUGCAGGUAUAGAGCCGUCUUUCAGGGCGGACCAGUGCGCAGCAGGACGCGGUGACGCCGCAGUAUUCUUACCUCCGAUUGCGGCGGACCUCUCGCAACUGCCUGCGGGCGCCAUGGACUUCGCGACGCUGCCAGGCGAGCCCGCGUGGCCGCUUGGGGCUCGCGAUGGGCUCUGGUUCCCCGAAGCGUCACAGCUAGUCGCUCCGCCCGUCAACGCUGCUGCGACGAAUGAGUUUGGCGGGGCCGCUGGUUGCGGCGCUGUGGGCAUGGACGUCGGUGACGUGGCGUCGUCGGGCGUGUCGCGGGAUUUGCUGCUGCAGCUGUUGUCGGCGGGUCUCGACAUGCCGUCGCUGCAGGCCAUGCUCACCGCGCUCGACGCCACCACCACCGCCACCACUACCGCGCUCACCACGUCGUCACCACUCGAGUCGCAGCCAGCACAGCUGCCCCAGGUGGCUGCGGACAGCACAGCGCAGCUCCUCGCAGCAGGCGCGGCGGGUGCGGCGGCGGAGCACACGGUGGGUGGAUUUAACGGCUCUGCGCCGCCGGGAAGCGGCCGCGCCACCCUGAGCCAGAGCCACAGCCUGGACGGUCGAUCUGCGCUUCCGCCCGUCUCGCCGCAAGUCAACGCUCGAUCUCGACCGCAGCUCACGGCGGGCGAGCGCCCCGUGCCGCUGCUGGGGUCCGCCGCUCACGGCGCGCAGUCGAGCCUGCGCUCCCGGCGGGGCCUGCCCGACCUCUCCAGCUCGCUGGCCAACGCGCGCCCCUCCGCCGUCUCCCGCCUCGCCGCUGCCACCGGCGGCAAUCCCCCUCUCAGCACGGGCAAGCGCGAGGCCGAGGCGGGCAUGACAGGCGGCGCAGCGCGGUGGCCGCUGUCCCCCGCGCUCAAGAGCCCGCGAUCCGACGGAUAUCGCAGCCCCGGCGGCAGCCGCGUUCUGUCCGCCAUAGCCGCGAGCCCCACGGGGCUCGCGAGCGACAUGGCGCAGCUGCGCGUGCGCUCGCUGCCCACCACUCCGCUUGGCGGGGCUGCGUCCUUGCCGCUGGGGUCAGCGCGCGGCGGAGUGGGAGGGGGCGUGCGAUCCGCGGAGUCGGCAGGCAGAGGGUCGCACUCGAGAGGGUCGAGCGGCGAGCAGGGCUACGAGGUGGCGUCGGCGGGCGGGCAGGAUGGAGCAGCGCGGGACGGGCAGGAGGGCGGGAUGGAAGCGGGUGCCGCGCACAUGGAGGAGGGCGGCGGGGCGGCAGCAGGGAUGGGCGAGGGCAUGGAGGGCGGCGGAGGGGGAGACGAGCUGUACGGCGGCGAUGGGUUUGGGCUGGACGAGGGGGGGGACGAGGAGGCGGACGGGGAGGGCGGCAAAGGGGGGGCCGGAGGCAAGGGGCGGGGCAGGCAUUCGACGAAGCCGCGCAGCGUGGCGGAGCGCAUGCGGCGGGAGCGCAUAUCGGCGCGGCUGAAGCGGCUGAAGGACGUGAUGCCGCGCACGGACGCGCGCACAGACACGUCCGCCAUGCUGGACGACGCUGUGGUGUACAUCCGCUCCCUGCAGAUGCGCUGCGCCGCCCUCGAGACCCAAAACGCCGUGCUCGCUAAACAGCUCGCCGACGCCGCCCGCACCCGCGAGCACGCCCCGCAAUAG